GAACAAAAAAAACAAAACAAAAAAAACAAAACAAACAAACAAAAAAAAAAAAAACAAAAACAAGAAGAGCCCGGCAGUGGCGAGCGUCGACGUUGGCUGUCCCCAGAAGCUGGGACCAAGCAUGCUCAGGAGUUCAACAUUUUUCCUGGGUCAGUGGCUCCUCAGAAGCAAGAAGCCAGCUGGACUGAGCCGGCCCCUCAGCCAGGCAGGUAAGAUGUCGAAGGCUGUGCAGGCCGACAGGCUGGAAGGAAUUGACAAGAAUCCGUGGGUAGAGUUUGUGCAGCUGGCCAAUGAGUACCCCUCAGUCAACCUCGGCCAAGGCUUCCCCGACUUCGAUCCCCCAGAUUUCGUGCAGGAAGCCUUCCAGAAAGCCGUCGACGGGAGCAACGUGAUGCUGAACCAGUACACCCAGGCCUUUGGCCACCCGCCUCUGGUGAAGAAGCUGUCCCAGUUUUUUGGGCCCCUGCUUGGCCAGGAAUUGGUCCCCCAGAGAAACGUGCUGGUGACAGUAGGGGCCUACGGAGCCCUCUUUACCGCUUUCCAGGCCCUGGUGAAUGGUGGGGAUGAGGUGAUUAUCAUCGAGCCGUAUUUUGACUGCUAUGAGCCCAUGGUGAGGAUGGCCGGUGGCCACCCGGUGUUUGUGCCUCUGCGGCCGACAGUAGCGGGAGAUGGGGAGUCGUUCUCCAGCCAGGACUGGCAGCUGGAUCCAGACGAACUGGCCAGCAAGUUCACUUCCCGGACCAAGGCCGUGGUCUUAAACACCCCCAACAACCCCCUGGGCAAGGUGUUCAGCCAGGAGGAGCUGGGGCUGCUAGCAGCCCUGUGCGUGCAACACGACGUGCUGUGUAUCAGCGACGAGGUGUACCAGUGGCUGGUGUACAAUGGGAGAGACCAUGUCAGCAUCGCCACCCUCCCCGGGAUGUGGGAACGCACACUGACCAUCGGCAGCGCCGGCAAGACCUUCAGCGUCACGGGCUGGAAGGUGGGGUGGGUCUUGGGCCCGGAUCGCCUCCUCAAACAUCUACGCACCGUGCACCAGAAUUCCGUGUACCACUGUGCCACACAGGCCCAGGAGGCCGUGGCCAAGGCCUGGGAGCGGGAGCUGGCCUACCAGGGUCAGCCCGACAGCUAUCUCGUGCAGCUGCCGCAGGCCGUACAACAAAACCGGGACCGCGUGGUGCGGGGGCUGCUCUCUGUGGGGAUGCGGCCCGUCCUCUCCCAGGGCACCUACUUCCUCAUAGCCGACAUCUCCGCCUUCAAGGAUAAGAUGCCCGACCUUCCCGGUUCGGAGGAGGAGCCUUACGAUUCACGCUUCGUCAAGUGGAUGAUCAAGAACCGGGGCUUGAUGGCCAUGCCUGUGUCCAUCUUCUUCAGCCCCGCUCAGAAGAGGAAUUUCGACCACUAUAUCCGCUUCUGCUUUGUGAAGGGAGAAGACCAGAAGGUGGACUGGCGGAAAUGGAAACAAGAGAGGAAAGAGGAGAAAAAGAAGUGGAAGGAGGUGAAGCUGGUGAAGAAACUGGAAAAGCAGCGAGCCCAGGAGGAGCUGAAGAAACACCAGGAGGAGGAGGAGAAGCAGAAGAAAUCCAAUGGAAGGUCCUACACCCUGAGCGUGGCACUGCCCGGGUCUAUCCUCAACAACGCCCAGUCCCCGGAGCUGCGCACUUACCUGGCUGGCCAGAUUGCCCGGGCCUGUGCCAUCUUCUGCGUGGAUGAGAUCGUGGUCUUUGACGAGGAGGGCGAAGACUCCAGGAGCGUGGAAGGCAAGUUCGACGGCAUCGGCAAGAAGGGACAGGCCUGUGUGCAGCUGGCCCGCAUCCUUCAGUAUCUGGAAUGUCCACAGUACCUACGGAAAUCCUUCUUCCCCAAGCACCAAGACCUCCAGUUUGCAGGGCUCCUGAACCCCCUGGACGGCCCACACCAUAUGCGUCAGGAUGAAACCUCGGAGUACCGCGAAGGGGUGGUGCUGGCUCGGCCCUCCAAGCCCGGACGCGGCUCCUUCGUCAACUGUGGCAUGAGGAAGGAGGUGCAGAUCGACAAGCAGCUGGAGCCGGGGCUGAGGGUCACCGUGCGACUGGACCAGCGGCAGAUUCCAGAAAGCAAGAGCCACAAGGGCCGGGUGGUGUCUUCCCAGGAGCCCCGCACGGAAGCCGGCCUCUACUGGGGCUACAGUGUCCGCCUGGCCUCCUGUCUCAGUGCCGUGUUUGCCGAGGGCCCCUUUAAAGACGGCUACGACCUGACCGUCGGCACCUCGGAGCGAGGGGGGGACCUGGAAUCGGCCCAGCUCCCCGACUUCUGCCACGCCCUCGUCGUGUUCGGAGGGCUCCAGGGCCUGGAGGCCGCAGUGGACGCGGAUCCCAACCUGCAGGUGGUGGAGCCCAGCGUCCUCUUCGAUCUUUAUCUCAACACCUGCCCCAACCAGGGCAGCCGCACCAUUCGCACAGAGGAAGCCAUCCUCAUCUCCUUGGCAUCCUUACGACCCCGGAUCGUCCAGGCCGGGGCCAAGCCUAGCUGAAGGGCAGGAGGACAACGCUGAUGGCUACAGGAAGACCCUCCUCCUGUGUCCACCUGCCACAGGAGUUGGGGCUGGGGGACUCGGGGGGCAGGACUGGCGACCCCAAGAACCAGAGCAGCCUCCAUUUGGGUCCGAGGAGCAGGGAACAACAGCACGGACGGUGCUGGCCCCCAAACAAUAAAACAGAACUUCUCAUCA